AUGCCUGAGAACCCCCAAGGCGCGAAAUCUAAGAAGAGCAAGAAGAAGGCCAAGGCCAAGGUGGAUGCCGAACUGGCCGACUCCCCAGGCGUUGAACAUGAACAGCCCGAGGAUGCCACUCAGAAUGAUGUCGAGGAACUGGACGAUGCGGUAGAAACCCCCUCCACCGAUGCCCCUCCCGACCCUGGCAGCGCGCUAUAUCAGUCCGCCAAUGAUACCAAAUACGGCAAUGUAACACGAGAGACGCAAGACACUCAACCGGCGCCUGCAACCGCAACCGCAACCGCGACCGUGACCGAGCCCAAAGAUCGCUUCGAUGCGCUGGUUCGAGAGCGAGACUCCCUACGGGCCGAGGUCACCGACAUGCGGAAAUCACUGGAGGAGAUCCAGUCCAAACAUCGAGUGGAAAUGGAAGUGUUGCAGCAGAAAUUGGAUGAUGCAGAGUCCAAGAAGGAACAGGCUGAAACCCAAUUCCAGAAGCUGCUGGAGCGUGUGAAUAUUAUCAAAUCUCAAUUGGGAGAGCGCCUCAAGGAGGACGAGGAGGAAUUGGCCCAGGCGCGAUCUCAGAUCGAGGAGCUCGAAGACGAGAACGCAAACUUAAAGUCACAGCUUGAUGCCAAGUCAGCCGAGCUUGCUGACCUCUCCGAUGGAUCAGCACUGCAGUCCAAAGAGAUCGCCACACUUCGAGAUCGCGCAACCCUGUCACAGCAGAAUUGGUUGAAAGAAAAGCAGGAAUUGAUCGACCAAGAGUCCUAUCUCCAAUCCGAGUUCGAACAAGCCAAGGAGGCCAUGCACAACUGGGAGGUACUUGCGAUGGAGGAACGCUCUAUCCGGGAGAACCUGGGCGAGAAAGUCGUUGAUCUUGAGGAGCAGCUUGGGAACCUUCGCGAUGCCUACGAGAAGGCCACAAGUGACCGGGAUACCCAGCAAUCGACCAUCGACGGUCUCCAGCGUGCAUUGCAGGAAAUCCAAUCAGCACGGAAGCAGGAACUCCGCGAGCUGGUAGAAAGUUCAGAUGCUCAGCUGGAGGAGCUGAGAAGAUCGCUACGAGAGGCACAACAACAAGCUGGCGAUGCAGACAAGAAUAUGAAGAAUGCGCAAGAAGAACUAGAUCGGGUGCGCCCGUUUGAGAAGGAGGUGAAAGAGAAAAAUCUGCUCAUCGGAAAGCUGCGUCAUGAAGCAGUCACAUUAAAUGAUCACCUUACCAAGGCCUUGCGAUUCCUCAAGAAGGGGAAGCCGGAGGAUAACGUGGACCGGCAUAUUGUCACAAACCACCUGCUGCAUUUCCUGGCGCUAGAUCGAUCGGAUCCUAAGAAGUUCCAAAUCCUACAACUCAUAGCAGCCCUUUUGGGCUGGGAUGACGAACAACGAGAACAAGCUGGGCUCGCUCGACCAGGCACCUCAACUAUGUCUGGUAAGCUUCGGGUUCCCGGGACUCCUUUACGGACUCCCAGUACGCCCAACCUGGCCGAAUUCAUGGACAAUGGAGCGUCCAGCAAGGAAACACUGGCGGAGUUAUGGUCCAAUUUCCUGGAGCAGGAAGCAGAGGCGGGCAACCUGAACGCGAUGCGACGAGGUAGCCACUCAGGACCUACUAAAUCAUAA